AUGGCGCAGCUUGCGGCACCACAGGACAAAAUAAUCUGCUGCGAGGACGCUGUGCAGCAAGUCAGCCAAAAAGAGCCCCACGAAGUGUUCUCCUGCAGCAGCAGCAGCAGCAACAGCAGCAGCAAUAGGCAGCAGCAGCAGCAAAAGGCAGCAGCAGUAGCAGAAGCCCCGACGCAGCCACGUGCGCCACAAAAACCAACACCAGCGACACGCCAGCAGCACCCGCAGCAGCAGCAAAAACCGCAGCACCAACAACAGCAACAGCAACAGCAGCGGCAGCAGCAGCAGCAGCAAGCAGCAGCAACAGCAACAGCAGCAGCAACAGCAGCAGCAACAGCAGCAGCAGCAGCAGCAGCAGCUUGCCCUGGAGGUAAAGAGUGA